AUGGCAGUGUGGCGCCCAUUGUUUGGUGCAGUGUGGCAGCGAGCAGAGUUGGUUCCGCCGCGCAUUCGGUGCCGUUGCUUGGCAGGGCAAGCAGGUGCAGAGGCGGACGGGGGUGACGAGUGGGAUGGGAGGGAUAGAGGGGAGAGAGGGGAGGGAGGGAGGGGGGAAGUGACGCGCAUUGAGGGCAGCAGCGAGUGGUGGGUGGUAGAGGAGAGAGGCAGGGAGAUCCCUCUCUUUCAUGCAGAGGAGAGAGGCAGGGAGAUCCCUCUCUUUCAUGCAGAGGAGAGAGGCAGGGAGAUCCCUCUCUUUCAUGCAGAGGAGAGAGGCAGGGAGAUCCCUCUCUUUCAUGCAGAGGAGAGAGGCGGGGAGAUCCCUCUCUUUCAUGCAGAGGAGAGAGGCAGGGAGAUCCCUCUCUUUCAUGCAGAGGAGAGAGGCGGGGAGAUCCCUCUCUUUCAUGCAGAGGAGAGAGGCGGGGAGAUCCCUCUCUUUCAUGCAGAGGAGAGAGGCAGGGAGAUCCCUCUCUUUCAUGCAGAGGAGAGAGGCGGGGAGAUCCCUCUCUUUCAUGCAGAGGAGAGAGGCGGGGAGAUCCCUCUCUUUCAUGCAGAGGAGAGAGGCAGGGAGAUCCCUCUCUUUGAUGCAGAGGAGAGAGGCGGGGAGAUCCCUCUCUUUCAUGCAGAGGAGAGAGGCAGGGAGAUCCCUCUCUUUCAUGCAGAGGAGAGAGGCGGGGAGAUCCCUCUCUUUCAUGCAGAGGAGAGAGGCGGGGAGAUCCCUCUCUUUCAUGCAGAGGAGAGAGGCGGGGAGAUCCCUCUCUUUCAUGCAGAGGAGAGAGGCGGGGAGAUCCCUCUCUUUCAUGCAGAGGAGAGAGGCAGGGAGAUCCCUCUCUUUCAUGCAGAGGAGAGAGGCGGGGAGAUCCCUCUCUUUCAUGACCGCCGAACACACUCUCUCUUCUCACCCAUCUCCCCUCCUCCCCACCCCCCUCUCUCCCUCUCUCACUUCCCCUCCCCACCCUCCAGGCAGCAACUCCUAUUGUACAGAUUCCUCCCUCUCACUUUCGUUCCUAUUGGAUGGAAGCAGAGUCAAUGGUGCCUGGUGCUGUGUGCAACUGGUGUGGGCCGCAUAUGUGGAGCGCAGAGGCACAACCACCGGUCCACCACUGCUUCUCUUGUGCUUGGGCUAUGUUUGAAAGGCCAGCAAGCCAUUGCUGGUGGCGUUGGUGUGCCUCUCAGGUGUGCCUCUCAGGUGUGCCUCUCAGGUGUGCCUCUCAGCGUGUGGAUCACCGGGCCUGGUGGUGGCAGAAGCGAUGCAGGGCGGAAAGGGGAAGGAGGAGGGGCGAGGUAUGAGUGGUGCUUGCAGGGACGGAGGGAGAUGAGCAGCGGCACGCAGGAUCGAGUUGUGCGCGGUGGAGAGAGUGGAUCACAGGGCCUAUCGGCAGUCAACAGACCUCCUCAUGCACCUGCGCACUCCAUCCCUCACCUCCUCCUCAUCAUCUGCCACCCUUGUCGCCCACAUCAAUAA